AUGAUUCCAACAACAAACAACACCAAUGAUCAUCAUCAUCACAUUAUGGAAGACUCCCAAGUAUCCUCACCUCCAUCAUCAUCAGCAGCAGCAGCAGUGGUGAGUGAGGAUGCGAUGCAAGAUUCUCAAGUGGAUGAAUCUUUAUCCACCACCACUCUGACCACCACCACUCGUACCACCACCACCUCUUCUUCUUCUAAUAACAAUCAUAACAACACUCCUCCUCUUCCAAUUUCACCUUCACUCGUGGGUUGGACUGAACCCUCCACACUUCAAGAAAAGAGAUCUCUCUAUGCAUGUGGCAAUGAUUUUGUCACUUUGGAUCAAUUAGAGUUAUAUCCAUCAAAUAGAGAAUAUCCAAUAUUAUCUCAAUUCAAUCCUGAACAUGAUGCCAUCAAGAAGGGUUAUUAUGACUAUAAUGAAGCAAUUAAUAAGAAGAUUUCUUUUUUUAGAGGUGAUGUCUCUCAAUUGGAAAUUGAUGCUGUGGUGAAUGCUGCCAAUGAAUCCUUGUUGGGUGGAGGUGGUAUUGAUGGAGCCAUUCAUAGAGCUGCUGGUGGUAUCUUGAGAAAAUACAAUGCUCUUCUUAAUGGAUGUGAUACUGGAUGUACAAAGAUUUCACCUGGAUUUAAAUUACCAGCAAAAUACAUUCUUCAUACAGCCAAAGAAAAAUCAAUUUCGAACAUCCAAACUCUCAUCAAGUACUCAAUCAAUCAAAAGAAAUGUAGAAUUGAACAAAUGUGCCUAACAUUCAAUCCACAAGAAACCUUGUACAAACUUAAAAUUAACUUUGAUUCCAAGAAUCCCAACACUGAAUUGAUUGAACAAGGAUUUGAAAUUAUCAAAAGAAAGCAAGAAACGCAUAUAGCAAAUUGUAUACUCCCUGAAUCAACAAGUGAACUCGCAAUUAUCAAAGCUAUUAAAACACUAUGCAAGAACACAACCAUCAAAUUCGAAAAAGAGAGACUCAGUAUUAAGAAAAAGGUAAAAGAUACCUACUCAUACCUAAUUGUUGAAUACAAGCUUAAUGACAUCAAUGAAUUGAAUCGACUAACCUCAACAAGAUUUAUAUGCUCCACAGAAUUGAAACCAAUUUCAAGACAAUUCAAGCCAAAGACAACCGCAUGA